AUGUUAGAACUUAUUCAGUUGAUUACUCUUACUGUAAUCAUUCAUUACUUAUCUUGUAAAUUUAAAGUCUAUUUUAUUCAUUGGCAUUUAGAUACUAUUUCUCAAUCAAAAUUACAAUGGAAACAUGUAAUUAUUAUUCCUUUUAUUGGUUCAUUAUUUCUUAUCUUUGUUUUCUUUUAUCCAUCUACAGCUAAAUAUUUUAUUUAUGCAUCUGUAUUUUUUUCUGCAAUUUCUUGUUUUUAUUUAAUACUUCAACCAAUUUUUGAUUAUGCCCCAUUACUAUCUUCAAAAGUUAGAAUUUGUUUAUCUUUGUUAAUUUCAUUAACAAUUAUUUUUAUUUAUCUUCUUACACAAACACGUUGGAGUUCUAAUGUUAUUGCUAUUGGAAUUGCAGUAGCAAUUCAAUCGUUUCUAUUUGUUGAUAAAAUUCAUAUCCCAUUAGUUCUUCUUUCUGUUAUGUUCUUUUAUGAUAUCUUUUGGGUAUUUGGUUCAGUUAAUGUUUCAUUAUUUGGUGGUAAAUCAGUAAUGGUUGAAGCUGCAAAAACAGCAACUUCAUUGAGACUUCCUUUAUUAAUAGAAUUCAUUGAUGGAAAGUUUUUAAUUGGAUUAGGAGAUAUUAUUCUUCCCGGUAUAUUUAUUAACUAUGCCUAUUGUAUUGAUUUGUUUUAUAAAACGAAAUACUUCAUUUCAACUUUGCUCGGUUAUUGUUUUGGUUUAAUCUUGACAUUAUUUGUUUUAUGGAAUUUUAAGGUUGGCCAACCAGCUUUACUUUAUCUUGUUCCUUCAAUGUUUGUUCCUUUCUUAAUUUAUGCUUAUCACUCAAAAACAAUCAAAACAAUCUUCUCUCUUAGUUUAACUUCGAAAUUUAAUGAAAUAAUUCCUCUUCCUGAACUUACUCUGACUUCUGACUUUUCGCAUGAACCUCCUAUCCUUUCAGAACAACAACUAACUAUUCAGUUAGAAUAA